CACUCUGCCCCCGUCUCUUCUUCUACUAAAAACCCCCACGUAUAUCCACGUAUCCCUCUCGACCUCACGGGUAUAAAGGACACAGGUGAACCUUCUUCCAAGUCACACAGAGCCGAAUCGGCGUAGCAGUCAACAUGAAUCCUCUUUUUGCUUGCGUGUUAAUUGGACUAGUAGGUCUAGCCUACUCAGAAGCUCCAUUGUCUGGAUACAAUUACAAUAGACCAAGUGGUGGUGGUGGACACUCCGGAGGUGGUGGUGGUGGAUACUCUAGUGGCGGUGGAUACUCAAGUGGCGGUGGAUACUCUGGAGGUGGUGGAUACUCUGGAGGCGGUGGAUACUCUGGAGGUGGCGGAUACUCUGGAGGUGGUGGAUACUCUGGUGGAGGCGGUGGAUACCAACAAGUAUCAUCCGGUGGCCAGACUAGCGAGGGUGCCAGCGUUGAUGGCGCGCUUUUGGAACAAAUAAGACAGAUUCUCCUGAAAGAAGAAUCCCAGGCAUCGCAAUCCGGUGGAUUCGGAGGAUCGGGCUACGCACCAAGCAGCAGCUACGGCGCACCUAGCUCCAGUUACGGCGCUCCCAGUUCAAGCUACGGUGCACCGAGCUCCAGUUACGGAGUCCCGUCCUACUCAAGCCGCGUCGUCGGCAUCGAUCUCGAGGGCAUCAGACAGGCGAUCCAGGUUGCCCAGUUCAACCAAGUCAGCCAGGGAUCCAGCGGCGGAUUCGGCGGAUACCCCAGCGGACCCUCGGGUAGUUACGGAGCCCCCAGCAGGCCUAGUGGCAGCUACGGCGCUCCAUUUUAAACGAAAUUAACUUCUCUUCUUAUUGUAUUUUUAAUUAAAUCCGACUUAAUCCAGUCAUGGACGCGGGCGUUCUCCAUUUUUUGAAAAUGUAUUUCAUGAAAAAUCGUAGUUUCAUUAAAUAUAUGUUCUGUUAUCAUUAAAAAUUCUCUCACUGGAUUACUAAACACUCUGACGCGUCGGAUUUGUUAUAAAAUACACAAAAAAUUUACGCUUUACUUUUUUUUUUUUUUUUUAUAAAUUCUGAGGAGUACCGUCGAACGAAAGUGCGUUUUUGAAUUUAAAUUUACCAGCAAAAAAAAAUUUUUAUCAUAAAUUUAUUAUUAAGAGCUAGAGUAGAAGUUUGAGAGGAGGAUGAUCGUGAUUCGUACGGAUUUUUUUUAGAUUUUUAAUUUUAAAAAAAUACCGUACAUUUGUAAAUAUAUUUACACACACACACACACUAUCGUUACUGUUAUUAUUAUUGUGAUUAUUAAAAAUAAAGUAAUAACAAUAAUAGUAACAGUAAUUUUUUAUAAAAAGCAAUUGAACUGAAACGUGUAUCAGAAACAGAUCCAGCCAUUCCAGGACUUCCUACAUCAGCGAACGCGAUACAAGAUUUCACUGCGUGGGAAAAAUAAAAAACGUAUUUAACACGUGACGUAACACAGGAAGUACAUCUGAGUUGUCCAAGUUCUCGAUCUUGUUCACGAGAUCGUGAUUCGCGGAAAACAACUUAAGUAUAAAAAGCAAAUGUCGAAUCGGGCAUUUUAUUCUUCAUUUGCUUUUUUUAUUUUUGUUUAAAAAAAAAAAAAAAAAUA